AUGGGCAGCGUCGCACAAGCUCCACCAGUGAUAACGUGGGACUACCAGUUCGCUCCCAACGCCCAAAAAUCUCGCAACCUCCUUCAUGCAGCCAACAUACCCUAUCAGCCACGACCCAUUCUGCAGAACCUAGGCAUCACAUAUCGCCGCGUUCCUGUCAACAGCAUCGGCAAAGAUGUCUUUAUCGACAACCGCGCCUUUAUCGACGCAGUUGAGGAAAUCUUCUCAGAAAAGAUGUCUGCUUUGGUCCAAACCAAGCACGACCAUGCAUAUGAGGCAUAUGGGUAUCGCAAUUUCUGGAUCAUCCUCGCAAGCUUGCCCGUCGUCUUCCUUACGCCAGGACUGAUCAAAGAGCGCCAUGACCUAUUCCCGGUCUUUGGCAAGGACAAUUACAAAGCACUUCGACCUAGUGCUAUGGCUGAACUGAAGAGCUUUUUAGCCAUGAUAGAAAACGACUUCCUUGCAGAAUCAACCGAUCAAGAACCUUACAUCAAUGGCUCGAAGUGUGGUAUUGCCGACAUUCACGCUGUCUGGAUCCCAAAAUUUGCUCUCCAAACAUUAAAAUAUGGAACUGAAGAACCAGGUUUCAGCAAGACGGAUUUCCCGAAAGUGCAUCGCUGGAUUGAACAAUUCCCUGAACAUGUUCCCGAGAACGAAGCUCCAAAGGUGGAUGAAGAAGCUGCUCGACAACUAAUCUUCGAUUCUCAGUAUGCGGCUCAAGAAGUCGGCGUCGACGAGAACGAUCCGACUGGAUUGAAAAAGGGACAGAGGGUGUACGUCCAGACUAGUGAUGACAAUGCACCGGAGAAUGCACAGCAACACGGCACAUUGAUAGGACUCGCGCCACGAAGGAUCGUGAUUGAGCUUGAAAAUGGACUGAGAAUACACUUCCCAAGAGUCGGAUAUGCAGUAUUGGCUGCGCACGAAUAG